AAACCACUGGCCUGAACGGAACUUCCUUCCUCGGCUGGUCGGGACGAACCAAAAAAAAAAAAAAAAAAAAGAGGCUUUAAAUGGGGACUAAGUCGAGCUUUUAGUCGCUAUAUCAGCUUUCACAUCGUCCGACACAGAGGCUUAACACCACGGGCAGCUUUUCUAACAUCGACAUGAUGGUUCCUACGACUCACGCGCUGCUCAUUUGGUUGCUUUUCCUCUGCGGGCUCGAGGAAACGGUUCAGUCUCAACGGGGACAUUGCACCGGGAAUCAGUGUUUUGCACUUUUCCAGGAGCCCGGGGACUUCAACGAAGCACGGAAAAGCUGCAAGGACUCCGGUUGGCAGUCAUUAAUGUUCAGCUCGGAACACGCAGAGAAGCUGUUGAAGAGCCCGCUCCGCGGUAGUUACUGGCUGAGGAACAGCGCCGACGGUUCGGCGGAGAAACCUGCGGCGGGUGGCCAAACCUGCCGCUGCAUCUCCGCGUCGGAGGGACAAAACUUCACGGUGUCGUGGAAGCCGUGCCUAGACACUCUGGACGGAUUCCUGUGCCAGUUUACGCUCGAGGAUCCUUGCAGUGGCUUGCAGGCAGCCGGAGACGCAACGGUAAAGUACACCUACAUGCCUACGGACUUGGAGCUGGAGCUGGACGACUCGGAAACGUUCCCCCCGGGAACCAUCGCCGUGGCGAAAAAGUUCGACGACAAAUACCCGUACUCGAAGCAUGUGUGCUUCUCGAGCAGUUGGCUGAUAGCCCCCUGGAAAUGCGAGGUGCUGGGGGGCGGCUGCGAGCACCGCUGCAGCUCUGCGACACAAAGCUGCGUCUGUCCCGCGGGGAAAACACUCCAACCCAACAACUUCGCGUGCGCUGACGGCCCGUGCCAGUCGAACCCGUGCACAGGUGAGGGCGAGGAGUGUGAAGUCACCCAGACGGGGUUCACUUGCACGUGCAAAGACGGCUUCGUCCCGGAGGAUGGAGAGUGCGUGAACGUUACAAUCUGUGAAAAGUGUGAGCACAUGCUGUGUGACAAAUUCAACGGCGUUUAUAAGUGCCAUUGCCGGAAAGGGUUCAGGGUUUCCCCCCAUGACCCCACAAAGUGUGAGAUGAACUGCACAGAGAUAGACUGUCCGGCCGUAUGCGUCUAUAGGAAUGACAGUGAGCCCCAGUGUUUCUGCCCCACUGGCUACAUUACAACCCUCAGCCCAAAUAACAGUACACCCUUCUGCACUGACAUUGAUGAAUGUGACAGUGGGGAUGAUGAAUGUGAACACCAGUGUGCAAAUGCAUUCGGUAGUUACAGGUGUUUGUGCGAUAAAGGGUUCAAGCUGGACCACAAUAACUACAAUUGUGUACCCGUGCAAGGGCCGGAAGAAGAAGUUGAUGGAUCAGGUUCAGCCGCUCCAUACCCCUCACCGGUUAGCCCCCACCCAGACACGGUAGUACCCUCUUACAUCAGGACCGGCAGCGUCAUGGGUAUCGCCGUGUUCGUGGCGCUGUGUGCGGUGCUGCUCUAUUUCCUGAUCCGAAACAUGGUCAAGCGUUGCGGCAAAUUUGAGCUUUCCUCCUUCAAACACCCAGAUAUCGAUAUUUUCUAUCUGCAGCAGGUGACCACCGAGACGUAUAAGAGGAUAUCCUUCGACAAACAGUUUAAAAGUGACUCACCGACGAUACUUUAAUCACACAUUUUUAGUAGGCCGCUUUUCAACCGUCUUUUCAUGGCACAUUUCACUGUUUCCUUUCCUCAGAGACGUCAAAUAUGGGACUUUUUUUUCCAUAGGCAGUGUUUUUAUUUAUCUAAAAAGCUGCAAUCUGUCAAAUACUGUAAAGUCAUAGCAACCCAGUGUGGACUUUAAAGGAAAGCAGCUUUCUGCUUUUUGAAUGUGAAAUAGAUAUUUAUAUUGAAUUGUUGUUGGAAUUGUUAGAGAACCUAUUAUUUUGUCUAUUUCUGCAACCAAAAGGUUGAUAAGGAGCCUCCUAAUCAGCCUUUUGGUUGCAGAAAUAGACGAAAUGGGGGUUCCAUAACAAUUGGGAACAUUUUAGAGUUAUGAUAUAGGGCUGCAACUAACGAUUGUUUUCAUUGCAGAUUUGUCUGUCGGUUAUUUUCUCGAUUCAUCGAUUAGUUUUUUGGUCUUUAAAAUGUCAGAAAAUUGUGCAAAAAUGUUGUUCUGUGUUUCCCAAGUUGACGUUCUCCAAUGUCCUGUUUGUCACACCCAGUGUUGCCAACUCCUCAGUAAGGAAAGUCGCUAUUGGCUGUCCUAAAAGUCGCUAGAAGUCGCUAGAUGACGUCAUACGCUCAUUAGCAUACAGCUUAGUGGUUGUGUCAGCAAGGUAGAUAGAAAAAAAAUAGAAAUCUUUAGCCAAAUAAUCACAAAUUCAAUACAGGAAUUUAUUUUACCUUAUAAUUAUUACUUAGGUAGCCUAUCUUUGAAGUGAAAAA